AUGAAGGUCUUUGCUACUGUCGCCGUUGUCAUUCUCGGACUUGCUGCCCAGCAAACCCUGGCCCUCGAGUCCGGCCUCGAGUCUGAGGUGCCUACCCAGCAAUCGGAGGCGCUCGAAGCCAGAGCUGUGGGCUGCUACCAGCAAGGUACCAAGAGCAAGCCCGCUAUGUGCUACAAGCCCAACUGCCCGUCGGACCGGCGCAGCGUGUUCUGGGACUUUGGGUGCCGUGAUGGUAGCUGGAAGUGCUGCAUUUAA